CUGACGACGCCCGUCCACUCGAAUCUUCGACUUCGACUUGGACUCGGGCUCAGGCUCAGACCCCGUCGCAGUCCCAGUCUCAGUUUCAUUCUCAAGUCCGGUUUUUCAGGGGAACGACGUAGAGCGCGUACCGCUUCGCGCUAUUUUCAGUGGCAGUUUUUAGUGUGUUUCCCCCUUUAGACAAAUAUCUCUCGAGAGUGUAUUUAUGAGACAAAACAACAACAAUAAGAAACCCAAAAAUAAAGGAGAAAUUAAUAAACACAAAAUUAUUUCCACUUAGAAAACAAAAAGAGGAAAAAUAGCCGUCGGCUAAGUGAAAAUUGUGUGAGAAAAUUAACAAUUUAAGAAGAAAUAUCCACGUUAGAUCCACGAAUUCCAAGUGCAGUGAACGAUUACGAUUCAGUUCGCCUGCUACUUGUCUUGUUGAAGACAAACGCCACGCCGCUACGUAAUUGAAAUUGAAGCCCGACAAAAGCUCGGGAGGAACAGGAGAGAGAGAGAGACAGCUAAGCCAGAAUGGUUCUAGUGCUGAAUGGCGUGCUGCAGGAUGAUUGCCCGAUGGACACCAACAGCCUGUUCCUGCAGCAUCCCGUCUACAGAGAUUAUGCCCAGCAGUUGCACUCGAUACAGGCCAAGUCCGUGGGACCCGUGGGUCUGCUCUAUGUCGGGCAGCGGGAGCUGGCCGCCUCUGCCCCGCACGACAAGAACGUCAACAUCAUUGGCGCCGACGAUGCCACCACCUGUAUUAUUGUUGUCGUGAGGCACUCUGGAUCUGGGGCCGUGGCUUUGGCCCACUUUGAUGGAAGCGGUGUGGACGAGGCUGUCUGCACCAUGGUCUCUCGGGUGCAAGAGCUGGCACUGGGCUAUCCCGAAGGACGCAUCGAGUUGCAGUUGAUUGGUGGCUAUCGAGACUCAAAGGGCUACGGCGAGGAUGUUUUCUAUAGCAUUAUGCAAUCAUUCCACAAUCAUCACCUCGAGAUCGAUUUGACGCAGGCCUGUGUGGGCGAGCUGAACACCAUGCUGCGCGGCGAGAUCAACUGCCCCAUCAUAUAUGGUGUGGGUGUGAACAUCAAGACUGGUGAGAUCUUUCCGGCCAGCUUCCCAGACCGAGGCCCCGACCGUGAGCUGCGCGAUGCUCGCAUCUUCAUGGGUGCGCAGUCGGUUCUGGAUGUGUACGACUCCACGCUGGGAAUGCUGCGCAUUGGGCCCUUCAACUAUGAUCCGCUGCGCGGCGCCGACUUGUGGCUAUCGCAGACGGAUGAGUUUCUGCUGCAGCAUUUGUCCUCCAGCCCCGAUGUGGAGCCGCCACAUUUUGCGCCCCAGACGCGUGCCACCAUCAAAUUCAUACAGGAGAACCAGUUUCCCGCUGUCACCGUCUUCAGGGACAAUAGGCCGCGCUACUUUCGGCGCGAUGACGCCACGGGGUGCUGGGCUCUGAUUCAAGAGUGAGUUCGGAUGUGAGGACCCUUUGGGACGCGCCUUAGAAAUGGAUCUGAACGUAAAAACGAACAAUUAAUAAAUGAUAAUGUGUGCUGCAUAUGCUGCAAUUAUCACAUCUUAUUAAUAUCUAAAAGAGAUUCUUAGCAAAAUAUAUACACAACAUAUGUAAACAAAACAAUUUCAAAUGCAAUCAUUUUUAGUUGUAACUGUAAACUGUAAUCAAAAGUGUACGAAAUAUAGAAAUGGCUUGGCUAUACAUACAUAAACUA